CACUUCCGGUUUUUUUGGCUGACUUGGGUUCGACCUUAUCUUGACUUAUCGAACCAAGUCCCAAGUCAAGGUGUUCACUCGUUUUUAAUGAAAAUUUAGGAGGACUUUACGCUUACUUUACGCUUACUUCACUCUUGUACAAAUCAAACUAUGUCUGAGAACGGAUCUCCAGUUCGUCGUAAGAGACCCAGUCCAAGGAAACAUCCUUACGAGAGGGCAUUUGGUGGGGGUGCGGCUACUUCAGAGGAGAAUGGGCCCUCCGCCGCACUUUCUUCCGCUAUGGGGGCGCGGUUUCCUCUCAAAACUGCUGCUGCUGUGACAUCCUCAUCAUCUUCGUCAUCUAACUUCACUACUGUGACCAUCAUGGGAGGAAAGAUCCGCUCACCGCUGAAAAAUAUUCAGGGUUCGUCAGCUGCACAAAAAGUGGGGAAGGGGGCAUCUCCGAUCAAGAAGGUGAAUACUGUUCAGUCCAAUAUUGUCCGCUCGCCGUUGAAGAAAAUUCAGCCAAUUGGUCAAGCACAGUCAAACCAGCCAAAACCACAAUUCCCACUUUUCCAUCAGCAAGCAAAACAACAGAAACAUGCAGCAAUUAAUAUUUACACAGAAGUGGAGGAUAAAGAUGAAAGUAUGGCUCUCGUUGCCCCUCCUGUCGCUCCCACUGCCACCAUUACUUCUGCAACUGCAGCACAGAAUAAAUCGGCAGCACCAACUUUUGCCAGUUUAUUUAGGACGACACAUGAUGAGCCGGAUGAGGCCAAAAUCCAAGUGGAGGAAAAAGACGAGGGCGAUGAAACUCUGUCCUGGAAUCCGUUCCAAAGCAUCAACAUCAUGGGGGGAGUUUUGGGACAGUUGCAACCCCACGGCCUAAAUUCGAGCUUCUCAGAAAAAUUUGAAUCCCGUCUUGGCAUAAAUUCUGAUCCCAAAGUCAAGGAUCUAGAGCUAGCCGUCACGAACGAUGAGAACGUGGCGAAGGGGAACAAUGAACCAAGUUUACGCUUCACAAUGGGAGGAUUGUGUCGCGGCGUGUUGACUGAGCGACUCACACCACUCUUCCAAUGUGGAGAAUACGUGGGGAAUAUUUUGCGCUACUGGGGCCAGAUGGAGGCCAAAUUUCGUAUCAAGUGGGACUACAUGGAUCGGCACGAGGGGAUCUCACACGUCAUGAGGACCAUCCUCAUAGACUGGAUUGUCGAGGUCGUGUCAGAAUAUGACCUCACCGAGGAGUCGUUACACUUAACGGUCAACUACAUCGACAGAUUUUUGAGCAAGAUGAACGUGAAACGAACCAAACUUCAACUCGUCGGUGCUACAGCGGUAUUUAUUGCGGCAAAGUUUGAGGAAAUGACUCCCCCAGAAGUCUCCGAUUUGGUCUACGUCACCGAUGAGGCUUAUACGAAGAACGAGAUUUUGGAGAUGGAAAAGUGCAUGCUCACCUGUCUCGAAUUUGACCUCAUGAUGCCCACCGCUCAUAGUUUUGGUGUCGCCUACUGCUCUCUGCUCAAUCUUGGAGAUCCGGGAAGGUCACUGGUCUCAUACCUCGUCGACUUGUCUCUCAUGGAGGGAAACGUUUUUCUCAAAUACGUUCCCUCCAUCGUGGCUGGAAGUGCCGUCGCCUUGGCCAGAUUCGUCUUUCAUAACAAAUUUUAUGACGCUGAUCUCCGUCGCUACUGCCGUCACAGGAAGAGGACGCUUAUCCCGUGUGUGCGUGAUUUGCAUGAGGCCUUUUUCAUGGCCCCCACAAAGGGACAGACGUCACUUUACGAGAAAUAUCAAGCAGUCAGAUAUUGCUCCAUUGGGGACGCCUUAAUCCCCCACAAUGGGCCUUGGGAUGAACAAACUCAGUGAUUUUCUCGACUCUACACAAGCCCAACCACCAUUUGAGAAUUAAUACGUAUAAAUAAUUUACAGAUUCUAUAAGAUAUAAGAUAAGAAGAAGCGGGCGACGAUAUACAUCAUAUUUUUUACAAGAUUAUCAUUAUUUUAAACAAUUUUUAUACUGUUCCUCUGUUCCUACUGGAAUUAGUUGCUUAUCAGGAAGAAUGAAUGACUGGUCGUGUGUUGCAUACCAUUUAUUUUUAAUGAAGAAUGCAGAUUAUUUAUUAUUGUUAUUGCGGAUUUGUAUGUACAAUUAUAUCACGGAAUGAAUAUUAUUGCUGUCUUGUUUGUGCUCAUGUACGAAUAUUUAUAUUGAUGUGCGAUUUUUUUCGCAAGAUUAUAUUAUUACUCGUAUAACUUACCUUUUUAAUAAUAGUUAGGUUAGAAUGCUAAUUGAAUCAUGAUGGUAUGAAUGAAUGCGUGUUGUUUUUUUUAUAAAAAAAAAUAAAUGGUACGAAAGAAGUAAAUCAAUAGUUUGUUUAAAUCGCUUCUUUUUUAUCACAUUUUUGAGAUUUUUUUGUACAAUUUUCAUCUCUCUCUUUCUCUCUUUCGGAGACUUAUCAUCUAAGGAUAGUGGAAAGAUAGUCGAUUUAAGCAAAUUCAUUUCUCGAUGGCAAAUUUAAUUAGCUUCAAGUUUGAAGUUGAUAAUAAUAUUGAUCAGAAUGGAUGGAUUAUCGAUA